AUGCCCCAAAAUAGCAUUCAAGUUUGUGAAAUAUUUGAUAUUUGGGGAAUUGACUUCAUGGGACCUUUCCCAAUGUCAAAGGGAAAUAAAUACAUAUUGGUAGCAGUCGAUUAUGUAUCCAAAUGGGCGGAGGCACAAGCAUUACCCACAAAUGAUGCUCGAGGUGUUCACCAUAGAUUUUCAACAUCAUAUCAUCCUCAAAAAAGCGAGAAAACUGAAGUUACAAAUCGGGCAUUGAAGAGAAUAUUAGAAAGACCGGUUGGAAGUAAUAGAAAGGAAUGGUCGGAUAAGCUUGAUGAUGCACUAUGGGCGUUUAGAACAGCUUUCAAAACACCUAUUGGUACUACACCAUAUAGGUUGGUUUAUGGGAAGAGUUGCCACUUGCCAGUUGAGAUAGAGCAUAAAGCAUUUUGGGCUUUGAAGAUAUGUAAUUUUGAGUUAGAUGAACUGCGUGCCAACCGGUUGAUACAAAUGAAUGCUCUUGAAGAACUUAGAAACGAAGCCCACACAAGUUCUUUAAUUUAUAAAGACAAAACUAAGAAGUGGCAUGAUAUGAGGCUUAAAGGUAAUAAAGAGUUCCAUGAAGGACAAAGAGUGCUACUUUUCAACUUAAGGUUGAAACUGUUUCCCGGUAAAUUGCAAACAAGGUGGGACGGGUCAUUUGUUGUUAAACAAGUUUUCCCACAUGGAGCUAUUGAGCUUAUUUCAAGAGACGGGACCCCUUUCAAGGUUAAUGGGCAUUGA